AUGUCGUCUGCUGUUGGAAUAGGUCGCCAUUCAAACGAAGAAGUUCACGCGAUGAUCGUCAACGAUUUAAAGCAGUUUUCGGCAAUUCUAGGCAAUCGGAAAUACGUUUUGGGAGACCGGAUAUGCGACUGCGCAGCGUUCGGUAUCCUGUCCCAGGUCCGCUGGUGCACGCCGUCAGCCUAUCCGGGAGUUGCUGUGCUACAAGGUGGUGAAUUAAAGAAUGUCACGGACUACAUAGACAGGAUAAAGGACGACUUUUGGCCAGACUUGGAGGAAAUAACAAGUCAGGUGGCAGCUAAAGCUUAA